AUGAUACUUAGAAGAACGCUGAAAGUAUCCGAAGUAACAGAUGACAAACUAAUUCUAGUGCACGUUGUCAACAGGAUCGAAUUGAACCGUGUUAUUAAUGCAAACAUGCAAUUAAGAACUGUUGAUUUGCUGGAAAGAGCUGUUAAUGCCUAUUUGAGCUUGCUUGAGCGUCAGAUAAGAAAUAGAACAGAUGUUGAACAGAUGGCUGCUCGAAAAACAAUGCGGAAUCAGUCGAGUCAGAGGAAGUCUGAGCGUCAACUAAGAAGUAGAAUAGGUGAUGAGCCAAUGGCCGCUCGGAAAACGAUGCGAAGUCAAUCAGAUCAGAAAAAGGCAAGUAAUUUUGUUAAGAUUUAUUGGAACUUACUUUAUGACGGACACAAUAAACAGAAAUCUGAAAAACAUGAAAACGGCUCAACAUCAGAAUCGAGCAAACGACGAAGAACUCGACCAACAGGUCUUAAUUUUGAUGACUGA